AUGCCGGCCGCCGGCGGAGGGAGAGCGGCAGAGCUUCCGCGGCGGUGGAAGGCUAGCGAGACGAGCCCCGAGCGAACCAGGGUCUGGACUGAGCCCAAGCCCAAGGUCCCCGCAGAGAGGAAGAAGGUCCCCGUCGUCUACUACCUCUCCAGGAACGGCCAGCUCGAGCAUCCGCACUUCAUGGAGGUGACUCUCUCCUCCGACGGGCUCUACCUCAGAGGUAAUGCCAACAAUGCGGCGCCGUCCUUCUUCCGCCUCCUAGCUCCUCGCUCCUCGUCUCUGAUCUGUAGGGUUUCUUCUUCUUCUUCUUCUUCCUCCGUUCGCGCAGAUGUCAUCAGUCGGCUCAACUGCCUGCGAGGGAAGGGGAUGGCCACCAUGUACGCCUGGUCGUCGAAGAGGUAACCUUCCCUCUCAGAGCUCGCCUUAGGGUUUUGCAGUAUACAGAGAGAUGGCGGGGCACAGGGAAUUUACUGUACAGGGGGGACGCAGGAGCUACAAGCACGGGUUUGUGUGGCACGAUCUCUCCGACGACGACUUCAUCCACCCUGCUCACGGCCACGAGUACGUCCUCAAGGGGUCAGAGCUUCUCCAGGGCAGCGGCGCCGCCUCGUCCAGCGUCUCCCAGGGCACCAGCCGCGCUACCAGCGCAACCUCCUCCGGCUCCGACAAGUCCCUCGACUUCCCGGAGCCGGCCGCCGGCGGCGACUCCGACUUCCCCCUCCUCCGCCGGAAGAAGAAGCCCUGGCAUUCCUUCGAGCUCGCCGAGUACAAGGUCUACAAAGCGGAGAACACUGCGGAGGCCGCCGUGAAGGUGGCGGCGGACGCGUCGACUCAGACCGACGAGAGGCGGCAGCGGCGGCGGAGUAGGGGCAGCGGCGGCGUUCCGGAACCCGAGGAAGCUGACCCGACGACGGAGCUCAGCCGGGACGAGAUCUCCCCACCGCCGUCCUCUUCCAGCCCCGACACGCUGGAGACGCUGAUCAGAGCCGACGUGCUGGCCGCCACAGCCGUCUCCGGCGACGGCGACCCUGAACGAGCGGCGGCGGGAGCUCACGCGAGCGGGAGAACGCGGGCAUCUGCAGUGCUGAUGCAUCUCAUCUCCUGCGGGUCCUUGUCCGUGAAAGAUCAUGGCUUCUCCCUGGUUUCUCAGUACCGGUCGAGGCUGCCGCGCCGCCGUGUGUUGGAAGCGUCGGAACAGGCAGCGGCGAAGGAGGAGUGCCCAUGCCCGGAGGGCCGGUCAAGCUUCCCGGGUGUAACCUUGGAGGAGAAGGAGUACUUCAGCGGGAGCUUGAUCGAGAUGAAGAAGAAGGAAUCGGAGGGUUCUGGGGAGCCGGCGUCCCUACAGAGGUCGUCCUCCUUCAACGCUGACAGGUGCGACUCUCAUCUCUCUGUCCUCUCCGCCAUUCUCCUCAGUCGAUGCUCUCUUCGAUCGAUGUCGACAGAGAGCCAGAGAGGUGUUGUCCUCUCCCAAGUGAACCUGUGGUCACACCCCUGGUUUCUCUCGGAGGGGAGAGAGAGAGAGAGAGAGAGAGAGAGAUGGAGACCCACGGGCUAGCUGGGUUCUGUCAGCCAGCUCCUCGGCCGUCCAUGUUUCUAGCGGAGUUCAGGAAGACGACGGCGGGGGAGGAGGGAAUGGGGACACAUUUUUCUCCUUCUCUCCGCGCCCACUGACGUCUGCAGAUGCGGCUCAUCUGCCAGGUUUGCUCACAUGGGAUGUUUCUCAGAGCUGAGAUCUCCUUUUUUUUUUUUUUUUUCUUUCCUUUGAUCUGUAGGGUUUCGAAGCUGGAGCUGGCGGAGAGGGAGGAAGACGACGACGGCGUCCGCGCCAAGUGCCUGCCGCGGAGGGCAGCGAGAUCGCUGGUCACGAGGAAGGAGACGACGGGCAACCGAGGCUCCGUCAGCUCCCGCAGCGCCGACGCCGGCAAGCUCCCAACCUCCGGCCGGCGAGACCUUUAA